UCUGCGUUCCCUCACUAUUUUAUUUUUCUUUUUAUUUUAGGCUCCAGAGAAACCGAAUUCUCUUUCUUCUUUGCCGUUCUAUCUGCUUCUCUCAAUUCUCAGAAUCCCCAACCCGAUGCUCUGCGUUCUCUCACUAUUUUAUUUUUCUUUUUAGUUUAGGCUCCAGAGAGACCGAAUACUCUUUCUUCAUUGCUGUUCUCUCUGCUUCUUAAACCAUAGCCCAUGGUCACUCUCUCACUCCUUCAGUGGCAAAAAGUGCCAGCCUCCGGCCGCCACCGUCAUAUAUCGCCAAAGCCACUACCAGUGCAGGAAUUAUUGAAGCUUGGCUUAGACUAUAUGGGAGUGAAACACAAGAAAAUGAUGGGAAAGUUAAGAAGAUUCUGCCGUGCGAGCCUUUUCAAAGGCGAUUCUGACUUUGUUGGUGUCAUGAUCUACACUGUAUUUGUACUUAAGUACAGUUUGCUGCCAGGCGAUACAGCAAGACUUCUUUUGCAUCUCUCACGCCCACAUGAACCACAUUGUGAGUGUCCUUUUUGUGUUUUUCUUACUUUCUCUUUGUUUAUAUUGCUCUUGGUAUUGGAAAUUUUUUGUAUACUUCAUUGUGUGUGUGAUAAAUUACAGUGGUUAGAUGUUAAAUACUUAGUAACUAUUUAUACAUUUGUAUUUUGUUUAAAGUUGUACUACAAGUUGAAGAUUUUGGUUGGUGACUAUGUUAUUUGCUCCCCAAAGCAUUUGUAAAAAUGCCUAAACCAAACUUUCCAUCACUUAGGAAGUACAAGGAAAAAAAUCUAAUAGAAAACUUUCCAUCCUUACUGAAAGUUAUUUUGAAUCUUAACUUCAAUGUGAAGGGUUCACUGAGUUUUUUCAGAUAAGCUUUCACUUUGAGGAAAAUAUUUCCUAUUAAUAUAGCAGUCCUACACUCCUAUUGUUAAGUGCAAAGCUUAUGGGGAUAUUUAGAAUAAUUUGUGCAUCAUGUAUCAUAAAGAGCUUAAUUGUGAUCAUAAAUAAAACUGUCUUUUUAAUAUAUAUUGGAAGACUCCUAGAAUAACCUACCGUAGAUGGGUGGAAUCUCAUUAAAAAUCUUGAGGUGAAUGGGAUGUAUGGUCCACCAUGGUUAAUAAAUAGACUUUAAUAGGCACAUGAAUCAGUAAUGAAAUUGGUCUGUCCAGUUCACGCUGAUUUGUUACUGUGAUGAUUUCCUUGAAACUUCAAAUAUUAAUGAAAUGGUAGUGAAGUGAUUUGUGUUGUUGCCUUCCAUUUCUUUGUGUAUUGGCAGAAUACACACACACACACACAUUACACUUCAAUCAAUAACUUCCAUGGGAACGUCCUGUAACUUCUGUUUAUGUAAGAAAUAUGAAGUUGAAAUCAAAAGCUGCUUUUAAGCAAUAAAUGAGUAAUCCAUCCAAUGCUAGGUAACAAUAAGAAAUAAAGAAUUAAAGGAAAAUUCAAGUCUAAAACAAUAAAGCUAAUCAAAAUCGUAGAAACCCCAUAAGAGAUUAUCCUAAAGAAAACAAAAUAAUUUUCUCUCAAAGACUAUUUCUUUGGCUACUGAUUUUAUGGCUACUAAAUUGGAUAUGUCACUUGAUGAUCUUAUUAAAAUAGAGGUUCCCGUGAGAGAGUUAGAUAAGUAACAACUAUUUGAUUUAGUUUUAUAGAUUUUUGUAGAUUAGGUAUUUUGUUGUAUAUUUGCUUCUCAUAGUGCUUAUUAAAAGUGGCUGUAUUGGAUAUUGCAUGAUGGUGGUAAUGUUUUUUAGAGACUUUUAAUUAUUGAUUUUGUCCUUUUCAAUGUUGGGCUUUUCUGGGUUUUGCAUGUAAUGCUAUUCUUAAAAUUUUAGUUGAUAAUCUGUUUGAGUGAUGAGGGGAGAAAAUCAAAGGUCUUGAUUUGAAUUAUAUGGAGUAGUAAGUAUGGUUAAGCUAUAUAUAGGUAAAUCAUUCCAAAUUUUUGCAGCAUUCUCUGUUUUAAUGUUUUGAAGAUAAAAUGUUAAGGAUAGUCUUUUUAAAAAAAAAAAACCAUGUAGAGGGUUGUAAUUUACUGCUUCAGUUUUUUAAUCACAUUUAUGAUGAGUAUUUCUAAUCAUGGCUUUUGAUUAAAAUUUAAUGGCCAAAAUUGCACCAUAUUUGUCACAAAUAAAAAGAUAUAUGUUGCAACUAACAAUGGCAAAAUUGCUAAUUGAUGUGCAUCUUUAAAAUGUUGAAUUUUGGUUAAAAGGCUAAUAUCAACCUAAUUUUUAGCAUCUUUCACAAUUUUAAGUGAAUACAUGUAAAUUUGUUCAAAAGUUAAUUUUUAUGCCUUAUAGGGUUUUGAGAAGUAUAUAAAUUUAAUUCUAGAUGAUGCUGGAAAAGUCAACAUCAAGAGGAAGAGCAAAAAAACUUUAGAUGGGUUCAUUUUCCUUUACUUUUAAUCUCCCAAAUGUACAUGCUUUGAACGUGGUACAUCUAUUUUGUUAUGGUUUGAUUACAUAAAAAAAAAAUGUAAAGGGUAGAUUCUUCUUAAAAGAUGCAACACAACAGCCACCUCUCUCUCUCUCUCAAUAAUGGAAAGUGAUGAUUUUAGCAAUGGUGUAAAUCAGCAUUAUGUUGCCUUUUCAAUUCAUUAAGGUCUAGCAUCUUUGUUUACUGGCAAUGUUAGAAUUUAGAUACAUCUUGGACAUCAAGAAUGAUUAAUAUAAUUUAUGAAAUAUAUUUGAUUGAAUGAGUAUGAAAA